CAGAGAGCCACUAAACAGACCUCGCAUGCUCACCAAAGACAAAAGUGAGCACCAAGCACUCGUGGAACAGAGGACUGGAUUGGCUCUAUUGAUGGCACUCUUCACAUGCAACACGCACCCCUGAAACUUACAACUCAGCUGGAGAUGGGGAGGACGUCAAAGGCAUUAAGAAAUGACAGACUUGGAGCCAACAUUUUUGCGUAGUGCCAUCAACGAGGUCUUGCCUGAACUUGCUGAGGUAUCAAAAGAUAUUUUGGAGGAGACCUUGCAGUCCCUUGGCAUCGAGACGAGUGACGAUUUUCAGUUUCUCGAGGAAAGUGAUUUGUUGACAGCUUUGAGGCCUAUUCAGGCCAGAAAAGUGCUUGCUGCGUGGAAGCUGAGAUGUAAGUAUUCCAGCAUAGGAUGCAGUUAAUGCCCAUAAAAAGACAAAAACAUUCUCAUAAUGUGUCUGUCUGUGGAACAAACUCCUGAAAGUAGCAGCGCAUCUAGUUGUCCAUUGCCAGCACCUCCACCAUCCCUGGAGUCCAUGUCACCGGGCAGUUCAUCUUCAGCAUCUGCCAGCAGCAGCCGAAGCCCUGGUGCUGACUGGGUGGAUACGUACCAGAUUCCAUGGGGCAAGUUCCCAGAAGAACUAAUUCAGACUCUAGAGAAGGGAAAACGGCUGAGCCCUUGUCUAAGAAGGGAGAUGGUCCGCAUUGUCCGCACAGCGUAAACAAGUAAACCGGGGAAAAAUAUAAAAUACCUCCUGGAAGGCUGGCCCUCUUGGUUCAGUGAACUUGGCAUGGGUGUGCAUUUCAAGGAGCUCACAGGAAUAGCGCUCAAAGAAACUUUCAUACAGAAUGUGGACCUGAAGGGAAAACGGCUCCUGAACUACAUGAGUACAGUUUGCAUGAGCAAGAACAAGAAGUUCCUGCAGGCUGCAACAAGGGUGAAAAUGCUGAGAGAUGCUGAGCUGAGCGGCUGCUCCGAAGAUGUGAAAGAAAUGGUCCUGCUGCUGAUGGCCUAUUUUGAGGAAAGGGAAGAGAUGAUGCUUUCUAAUGUGGAGGACACCUGUCUGGCAGGGGAAGUUCAGAUGGACAAGCUCCCCUUAACUCCUGCCAUUAUUGUCUGUGGGCGAUCCUGCUUUACUUCCACACGCUUUAUGCUCAGUGUUGACAGAACCAUUGCUCAAGAGAACAUCCCCUCCUUUGUGUCGUCAGUGUGUAUGAUGUUUGGAAGCUACUACAGCUUCAACAUUCACUAUCCAUCCGAGCUGCCAUCCACCCUAGAGUUCCUGCAGAGGUGCUUUUUCUCCAUAAAUCCUGAGAAGGGCAUGAAAGUAGAGAAGAGCUGUACCUCCCGUCUACACUUGAACCCCAGAGUCCUCACCUUGAUCCAAGACCUUUCAGAUCAUGAGUGGCGGGACAUCUGAAUAUGGACUCAAAUACUUCUUCUCCAUCAACACAGAGGGCAUAGAAGUGGAGAAGAGCAGCAGUUACCGUCUACACUUGAACCCCAGAGUCCUCAUCUUGAAGAAGGUUUCUUAUGGUUGUUUAGUUACUUAAGCUUACAUUAUUAUGUUACAGAUGAAAAUAUUUGUUUGAAGUUGUGACAGUCUGGUUGCACGUGUAUUUCUUUAUAUUCAAUGCCUUUUCCAAAUGAUUUUUUCCAAGAGGAAAAGGAAAGGAAUAGUUUAAAAUUAAGAAAAACAAAACACACACAACUGUUGAAAAGUUUUUGAAAAGUAUUUUGCAUACCUUUUUUUGGACUCC